UGCUCCGAUUGACCGUCGGAUCCCAUCCGUCCGUGAUAUGGAGGCCGCGCCACCGGCGGAGCUCAUCGUCGUCGAGCGCGACCCCACGGGCGUCGCCGUUAUUACCAUCAAUCGCCCCAGCUCUCUCAACUCGCUCACACGCCCGAUGAUGGUAUUGCUCGCCGCCGCCAUCAGGCGGCUCGACGCCGACCCGGCGGUGGGCGCGCUGGUGAUCACCGGGAGGGGCCGGGCCUUCUGCUCCGGCGUCGAUCUCACGGCCGCCGAGGAGGUGUUCAAGGGCGAUGUCAAGGACGUGGACGCCAACCCCGUGGCCCAGAUGGAGCGCUGCCGCAAGCCCAUAAUCGGGGCGGUGAACGGCUUCGCCGUUACCGCCGGUUUCGAGAUCGCCCUCGCCUGCGACAUCCUCGUCGCCGGGAAGGACGCCAAGUUCAUUGACACCCACACCAGGUUUGGAAUAUUUCCAUCGUGGGGCCUUUCACAAAAGCUCCCUCGCAUUAUCGGAAUAAGUAGAGCACGAGAGGUAUCACUUUCUGGCAUGGCUAUAACUGCAGAGAUGGCAGAAAAGUGGGGCCUCGUCAAACAUGUGGACAAUGGUGAGGUGUUAAAGAAAGCGAAAGAAGUUGCACUGGCCAUUUUAAGAAACAACAGGGACAUGGUGUUGAUGUACAAGUCAGUCAUCAAUGAUGGUUUCAAAUUGGAUCUGGGUCAUGCUCUUGCCCUUGAAAAGGAGAGAGCUCAUAGCUAUUAUAAUGGCAUGACCAGGGAGCAAUUUGCAGCCAUGCAGAAGUUUAUAUUAAGUCGAAGUUCAAAGUCUUCCAAGCUGUAGUUGUUUCACAAUGUUCUAUGUAAGAUGUCAUUGGUAAUAAGCAGUUCUACAGCCACAUGAUUAAUCUUUUCUUAAUGUGGGUUGUAACAAAUGUAAUCUUGUAUGCAAGUUCUUAAAUAGCAUGAAAAUAAAACAAUAUUCAAAUAGCUAAA